GCCAGCAGAGGGCAGUUUACAGUUUCAUUUUUUUCAUUCUGGUAUUUGCAGCCGUGCCUGAGACGCGUGCUGGUGCCGGGACUCCGCACAGACCAGAGCCAUGGCGGCUCUGCUGAGACACCGGGGCUGUCUGCAGAGGGCCGGGGCCCUCUGCAAGGUCUUACCCCGCCUCACGGCCAGGGACUUCAGGGCGACACCCGGGGGACCCUGGUCCCGGUCCCGGGGCUGGGCGCUCCGCUCCGGAACCACUAACUACAGCUCCUCCUCAGACGUCACAGAGAGACUCUGGUCUGUUUACAAUCACACCAAAAACCAGAUUGACGUUACAUUAUCCAACUCCAUGGACCCCGACACCAUCUUUGCGAACAACGAGAUGUGCCUGAAAGACAUCGAGAUCUACGGCUUCGACUAUGACUACACCCUGGCCUUCUACUCCAGCCACCUCCACACACUCAUCUUCAACAUCGCACGCGACAUCCUCAUCACCAAACACCGGUAUCCAGAGGGCCUGCGGAAAUACGAGUAUAUCCCAGAUUUUGCUGUAAGGGGACUUCACUAUGAUGUCCAGAAGGCACUGCUGAUGAAGAUAGAUGCUUUUCACUACAUCCAGUUGGGAACUGUAUACAGAGGCCUCCAUCCAGUUUCUGAUGAAGAGGUCAUUGCCAUGUACGAAGGGACUCAUGUUCCACUGGAGAUCAUGAGUGACUUCUACGGCAAGAGUUCACACGGCCUCAGCAUGAAGCAGUUCAUGGACAUCUUCUCCCUGCCUGAGAUGACCCUCCUGUCGUGCGUCAACGACUUCUUCAUGAGCCACAACAUCGACUACGAGCCCGUGCAUCUCUACAAGGACGUGAAGGAGGCUAUCAGAGAUGUUCACGUUAAGGGCAUCAUGUAUCGGGCGGUGGAAGCAGAUAUCGGGAAAUACAUUUGCUACGGUGAGCAAAGUCACGCCGUGCUGAAGAAGCUGUCAGCAUUAGGAAAGAAGAUGUUCCUGAUCACCAACAGCCCUUUUGAUUUUGUGGACCGGGGCAUGAGCUUCAUCGUAGGACGGGACUGGAGGGACCUGUUUGAUAUUGUGAUCGUCCAGGCGGACAAACCUAGUUUCUUCAAUGACAGGAGGAAGCCUUUCAGGCGCGUGACGGACAAAGGAGCGUUGCUGUGGGACAGGAUUCACCGGCUGGAAAAGGGGCAGAUCUACAAGCAGGGAAAUCUGUACGAGUUCCUCCGGCUCACCGGCUGGAGGGGAAACAAAGUGCUCUACUUCGGAGAUCACAUCUACAGUGACCUGGCGGAUCUAACGCUGAAACACGGCUGGAGGACAGGCGCCAUCAUCCCAGAGCUGCGAAAGGAGAUCAAGAUCAUGAACACCCCGGAGUAUGUGCACAUGAUGACGUGGCUACAGGCCCUGACGGGGCUUAUCGAGCACAUGCAGGUUCACAGGGACCCGGCGUCUCAAGCUGUAGUUGAGGAAUGGAUCGAGGAGCGAGAAGCCAUGAGGCCGCAGACGAAGGACAUCUUCAACGCUCAGUUCGGGAGCCUCUUCCGCACGUACCACAACCCCACCUACUUCUCCCGCCGACUCUCGCGCUUCGCCGACAUCUACAUGGCGUCCAUCAGCUGCAUGCUGAACUACAGCCUGCAGCACACCUUCUUCCCCCGCCGCACCCCUCUGCAGCACGAGUCCCCGAUCUGGCCCGAGCCCAGCUCCUCCGGCGCCGCUGCUGCCGCAGCUCAGCAGGACCAAAGCAACGUCUGAUGCACGCAGAUAAGAGACGGACUUCAGCAAGUUUAAAAAAGAAAACAAUUUCCAAACCAUUUGCUGUUUUAGAAAGCGUAUUUUAGACUAGACCGGGUGGUUUUUAAAUGAUGUAUACUUUUAGCGGUAGCGGUCCUGGAGGCGGUUGAUGUUUAUGAUCUUUUAAAACUGUUAUUUAUGUUUGGCCUUUCAAAGAAUUCAGUCUUAAGAGAACAACAGUGGAUAUAGUGAUAUUUAAACCAAACGCAUGUGAUUGUGUCGCUUACUGUAGGAAAGGUUAGGUUUCAUUUUUAAAAAGACAUGCAGUACACAGUUUUAACUCUAGGUGGCAGACAAGCGCCGUGUGUAACAUGUACGUGCCGUUGUGUCCUUUUGUUGUUACUGGUGAAAUGGGAAUUUUAAAUUCUCAUAACAUACUCUGUUGCCUUAAUCUGCCGUUCACAUAACUGCAGGGUGUACAUUUUUCUAAUAGGCGAAUAUAAUUCGUGCAGGUCAAGUUGCUCUAAUUUAUUUUCCUUUUUUUUUUCUUUUUUGUUUUCCUUCAAAUUUCACCAGGCUGCAUCUUCAUUUUUAUUACGUACUUGACAUCAACACAGAUUGCAUCUUUGUGUUAAAUAGUUGUACUCAUUUUCAGCCUGUACGUUUCAUUUCAGGGGAGGAGGAGUGUUAAUAUUUCUCAGGAAGAGCAGAGCGUCUUUGCUAUAUUUGGUGUGAAUACUGUUAUUUGAUCUGUGAGAAAAGCCACGUUGAGCUUCUCAGCAUUCUGAUGGUUUCACUGAGAGGGUGAAAUAUUUCUACGUGGUCUGAUAUGAUGCUCACAAAGAGAAUAUAUAUAUACAGGGGGAUAUAAAAGGGAAAAAUAACAGUGGCCAUAACCAAAAGCUCAGUUUGUUUCUUCAGUAUGAAAUAUGUGCUGAUGAAGUGUAUUUUUAUGUGUCAUUUCACAAUUAAAAUGUAAGCAGACUGAUUCCCUCCCAGUGUUUAUGUA